ACCGAUAAAUUUGCAGAAAUUGCUGAUAAAGUAACCAAAGAGUGUAUCAGAGACGACGACGAUGAGAGACAUGUCUCGAACGAACUCGACGACGACGACGAUGAUGAUGAUUUCGAAUUCUCUUUGGUACGCGGUGAUUCUGAUGUAACUGCAGAUCAGAUAUUCGGUCAAGUUCGUCAGGUUUUCCCGAUAUUCAAUCGCGAUCUUCUGAUUCGCGAUGAUCAGGAUCGUGAUGCGAAGCCUGAUGUAUCUACUCUGCGACUUCCUCUGAAGCAAUUGUUCAUUGAGGACCGCGACGAUCGUGAUUCUGUGUCGUCGUGUUCAUCUGAAGCGGACGAAUUGGAAGGCGUACCUUCGGGAACGUACUGUGUUUGGAGGCCCAAAGAGGUUGCAGGAUCUCCUAGUAGAUGCAAGAAGAGUAAUUCGACUGGAUCGGCAUCGAAGCGGUGGAAGUUACGAGAUUUGAUUCGUCGAAGCAACAGCGCAGGGAAAGACGCGUUCGUGUUUUUGACUCCGAAGAACACAGAGCAUAAGGCUGAGAAAAUCGAGCAUGUCGAGAAGGCGAAGGAAAGGCGGAACUCCGGCGAAGCCGUCAAGCUGAAGACGAAAGGCGGCGAGAAGGUGUCGCCGCCGUCGUCGGCGCACGAGGCGUUUUAUGUACGGAAUAGAGCGUCGAAGGAAGGAGAAAAGAGAAAGUCGUAUCUUCCGUAUAGGCAGGACCUUGUAGGGUUCUUUGCGAACGUCAAUGGAAUGGGAAAGUCCUUCCCUCCGUUCUAAAGAUCCCCUUUUUGCUCUGUUCUUCCCUUUCGUAGAGUUUAUAGAUACAUACAUAUAUAUUUUUUUACAAUCUCUAUUUUCAAAAAUUUCCAGUGAAUUAGUUUGUUCUGUUUUUCUUUUCUUUUCUUUUUUGUUUUAAAUAAUUUUUUUGUUUGUUCUUUAAUGAGAACUUAGUACAGAUGAUGUUAAUUACUUGUAUAUGUUAUGUAUUAUUAUAUUUACUAUUUCUCAUCA